UGCAAAGUCGAAAACGGAGACGGUUUGUGGCGUCAGUGGAAAAACCUACUAAAAGUUAAUUUACGUUGGAAUAAAGAGAGUAAUAAAAGUGAUAAAAAGAAGAAUAGCAUGGAGGAGCAUCGAAAUAAGAAGAGGAAGCUCCAAGACAAAGUUGGAAGAGCAAGAAUCCCAAGUUUUACAGAACUUCCAUUUGAUGUCUUCGAUAAAAUUGUGGACUACCUCACUCUGCAGGAGUUGCUAGCUUUCCGGAGCAUUUCAAAGUACUGCUUUGGUCUUGUGGACUGCUCCUUGAGGGCACGUGAAGUUCUUGAUGUUGACAAAGAGAAGAUUUGCUGCGCAACGCACUUCCAGGUAAUACUUCUGCUAUGUCGUCGUCUCCGGAAGAUUUCAUUGAUGAACGGUGCUAAGUGGCUAACGGACGACAUUUGCGCCGAUCUCAUCCGGAAUAAUCCUCGAUUGGAGAUAUUUGAAUUGGGCUUUACUAAGAUUACGACCAAAGGACUUGAACCACUGAUCAACUGUGAAAAACUCGCUGUACUCACACUCUACUGUAUGAAUAUUCGUGAUGAUUUCUUGGAAGCCAUGAGUCGCACCCACAAGAACCUCGUAGAGAUUAACCUGACUUUGAAUGAUGAUCUAACAGGGAAAGGAAUUGCUACUCUUGUGGCAAAGCAGCCGCGUUUGCGCUUCCUUGCAAUUCCGGAUCUGAACAAUAAUGAUCCAAUUGCCAAGGCAAUUAUCAAAAAUUGCCCCGACUUCCGUUGCAUCUACUUGCCGAACCACCAUAUUGGAUCUGAUAAAGCACUCGAGAAAAUGGCCAAGUUGUGCCCCAAAUUGGAGGUCAUCUCACUUUCGGAGCACUCAAAGCAUUAUGAGCACACAAUGAGAUAUGUUGAGAGCAAGGGCGUCAAGCUAACACAGGAUUAUUUCGUUGAUUACGAAUUCUAUAAAUUGAAGAACUAAAUGAAAUUCAGCUGCGACUCAUUAAUAUAUUUAACAAGAAGUGUGCCUUAAAUCCUCUUCAAAUAUUUUAUUCGAAUACUAUAUUGAAAGUCUUAAAAGAACGAUUUCCAAAAGAAAAAAAUGAAUUAAUACGUCCAUUUUAUGUAAAUAGUAACUACAUCUUGAAAUAUUUAAUCUUCUGUAGUUAUUCAUGAUAUAAUAAAGAAAAUGAAGUAUGUGUGUUUAA